AAGCAUAUCAUACGCUUUUUCAACAUCAAAAAAUACAGCAAUUACACUUUCUUUGUUAGUUUGAGCUUUCCUAAUUUCUGACUCUAGGCAUAAUAUAGAAUUUAUUGUCCCCCUCCCUUUACGAAAUCCUGACUGAUACGGUGAAAGAAGCCCUUUACUUUCUAUAUAGUGAUCUAGUCUAUCUGUUACCAUCCUCUCCAUAGUUUUGCCUAACUGUGAUGUUAAUGCUAUGAGUCUAUAGCUUGCUGGAUCUGAGGUUUCUUUUCCAGGUUUGAGUAUUGGAACUAUAACUGCCUGUUUACAUGUUAGUGGGAUUUUUCCUGUAUUCCAUACCAUAUUGAGCAGUCUUAAUACUAUAUCAAGUGUGGUGUCUCUCAUGUGAUCUAACAUGCUAUAGCAUAUACCAUCUUUCCCUGGUGUCGUUUGCCGUGCAUUUGAUGUGGCCCUUUUUAAUUCAAAUAGAGUAAAUGGUAAGUCCAACUCUCCCCCUGAUGUAGUCCUUCUUUCCAUUAUCCUGGGUUUUGGGCAAGUGUCUGAUCUCUACACUGCUUAGCUGUUGAUGAUAGGUUUUCAGUACUAUGGAUCUUCACAAAAGUUUUUACCAAAAGUUGUAUGUAUCUUGUAGUAUGUAUCUUGUGCACUUUUAUAGUUAAUCAAAGUUACCAGUGUAUGGUGAGCUAUGAGUUGCCUAAAAAUUUAUUUCUCUUUUGAAUUACUAUACUAUAGCUCUCAUUCCACCAUGGCACUCGGCUAGCGAAUCAAAGCAAUAAAGCACUUUUCACGGAAGUGCGUCAAAAUAAGUAUCCAAGGCCAGUAAGAUUCUAAAUAAGUUAUUUUUAACGUCGUUUAGUUUUGUUACAAGAGAUGUGGAAAACCAUAAAUAAUUCUUAACAUUUUUGGAUCCAUUUCGGGUUUUAAGUAUAGACCGUUGCAGGUCAGAGACGUUUAGCUGUCACUCUGAUUCUAUUGGAUGUUACUGUAAGCUCCGCCCACUCGCUCACAAACGAAUUUGGCGCCAGAGUUUCAACACUGCGGAAGUUUUAAUUGAAGUUGAUAUUAUUGCUGGGGAAGUGUUGAAAAGUUUAUGCCGGUUAUUUAAGAUGUUUGUAACAGACAUUAGAAAAGAGUUUUAUGAUGUUGUGGUCAAUCAGAGAGUGGCUCUGCUCGUGUCCUCGGACAUCGACGCGCUGUGUGCGUGUAAAAUCCUACAGGCUUUGUUCCACUGUGAUCAGGUGCAGUAUACACUGGUUCCUGUGACAGGAUGGCAGGACCUCGGUACAGCUUUUCUAGAACAUAAGGAACAGUACCGAUAUUUUGUCCUGAUUAAUUGUGGGGCAAAUGUGGACCUGUUGGAGACUCUCCAGCCUGAAGAAGAUUCGGUGUUCUUCAUCUGUGAUGCCCACAGGCCUGUUGAUGUGGUGAACGUUUACAACGACACACAGAUCAAACUGCUAAUUAAACAAGAUGAUGACCUUGGUGUGCCCUCCUAUGAUGACAUUUUCCGUGAUGAUGAGGAUGAAGACAGCGAUGGAGGGGAUUCUGGGAAUGAGAGUGAUGGUGGCUCAGAGCCAUCUGGAAAACGGCGGCGUUUUGAUGAGGGAGCGUUGGAGAGGAGAAUCGAGAGGCAGCGAGCGAGGAGAGAGUGGGAGGCUCGAAGGAGGGAUAUCCUGUUCGACUAUGAGCAGUACGAGUACCAUGGCACUUCAGCUGCAAUGGUUAUUUUUGAGCUGGCCUGGGUUAUGACCAAAGACACCAGAGACAUGUUGUGGUGGAGCAUCAUUGGACUGACUGAUCAGUGGGUCCAUGAAAAAAUCACACAUAUCAAGUAUGUAACCGACAUCGCUACUCUGCAGAGGCACGUGUCCCGCCAUAACCAUCGCAACGAGGAUGAAAAGAACUCCGUCUCUAUCGACUGCAUGAGGAUCACUUUUGAAUACGACUUGAGAUUGGCUUUGUACCAGCACUGGUCACUGUAUGAGAGCAUCUGCAACUCCUGCUACACCUCCUGCAGUUUUAAACUCUGGUCUAUAAAUGGGCAAAAAAAACUGCAGGAGUUCCUGGCAGACAUGGGCCUCCCACUCAAACAGGUGCGACAGAAGUUUAACUCCAUGGACAUGUCAAUCAAGGAGAACCUGCGAGAGGUCAUUGAGGAAUCCUCCAACAAAUUUGGAAUGAAGGACAUCCGUGUACAGACAUUUGGCGCGCACUUUGGUUUCAAGAAUCAUUUCUUGGCAAGUGAUGUGGUGCAUGCUGCUGCAGCCCUGCUGGAGAAUGUGGAGAAGGAAGAAACUGCUACAGACAACUUUAUCAAAGCUCUGGAUUGCCUCUCAAGGAGUAACAUAGAAAGGAUGCACUUGGGGAUUGAUCUUGCUAAGAAAAAGCUGAAGGCUAUUCAGCAGACAGUUGCCAGCUGCAUCUGCACUAAUCUCAUUCUCUCACAAGGACCCUUUCUCUACUGCCAUUUACUGGAGGGAACCCCAGAUGUAAAGCUCUUUUCCAAGCCUAUGGCCCUGACUCUGCUCUGUAAAUACCUGCUCAAGGCCUUUGUCUGCUCUACUCGGAAUAAGCGCUGCAAGCUGUUGCCACUCAUUAUGGCUGCUCCUAUGGAUGUGGAGAAGGGCACUGUCAUAGUCUUAGGCAUUCCACCCGAGUCUGAGACCUCUAACAAGAAAAAUUUCUUUGGCAGGGCCUUUGAGAAAGCUGCUGAAAGUACAAGCUCCAGGACACUCCACGAUCACUUUGACACUUCAAUUAUUGAGCUGAAGAUGGAAGACAAAGGAAAAUUUCUUGAUGCCCUCAUUACCCUGCUGUCCUAACACCUCCCCGCAUGCCUCAAGCCUCCCUCAAACAUCACACACCAAUAGAACAUUGAGAACCACGAUAUACUUGAUAUGUCAUGUCAUCACCUGACUUGGUUUCUUGGUGGACACAUUCUGCCUGUGAAUUUUACAUUGAUUGAAAGUAAAUAUGAGGUUUAACAUGUUUCCUGUCCGAUUUGUGUGUGCGCACAUGUGGAGCUGCCCUCCUGAAGACCUUGACCAGUAGCAGGCACACAUUUACUGCAGGGGUUUUAGUAAUCUGAUACAAGUCGCACAUAUCUUCUGUGUACUUUUGUGAGAUCUUGUAUGUGUAUUAUACUGUACAUUCAUUUGAUUUUGUUGUAGUUUUAAUGUUUUUUUGUUUUUAAAUGUGAAACUCAAUAUAAAAAUCAUGUACUCAAUAAUAAAUGAUGUUUUAUUAACUUAUCAAAAGGAUACCGUGUGUGUAUCCUUUUUGUAUAAAGUAUAUCAUAAUCAUAUGUUGUGUAAAAUGUUGGCUCUUUUU